AUGGAUCCUCAACAACCUAUCCUCGUUGUCACACCUCUGAAGAGUGUGCCAUACACUGGUCCACCUCAGCCUUACACCCAUAUUCCAUCACCAACAGAAGGGGAUCCUAGUCUUCCUACGAGAAACCAGCCUGCUAUGGUAUUUAUACCUCCUCAUUCAGCAGAGAAAGAGUGGGAUGACCUCGUAGCUGCUACCAAAAGUGGAGUUACAGUUACUGGGAGUGCUGCAAUGGGAAUGGUGGGACCAGCUUUAGGAUUAAUAGAUAUUGGUGAAUCUGAGGAUACUUAUGUAUUUCGUGUCUCCCUCCCAGGUGUGGCAAAUGAUGAAAAAUUCAGUUGCAAUGUUGAGCCUAAAGGGAGAAUAUUGAUAAAGGGAGUGACAUCAACUGGCGAGAAAAAAGUUCACAGGAACAACAUGGUGUUUGAGAUGCAAACGCAAAAUCUAUGUCCACCAGGGGGAUUUUCCGUCUCAUUCCAGCUACCAGGGCCGAUUGAUCAUCAAGAAGUUACAUCUAAUUUUGGACUUGAUGGCAUUUUUGAAGGAGUUGUGAAGAAAAAGCUACAAAAAAGCCUCUGA